UGUUUAGCGUGUGGAUGUGGACGUCGUGGUUGAUCAAAUGUAGGUUAAGUUUAAAGUGUAAAUUUUAAAGGAAAAGUUUCAUAUUUCAUAAUAGCCUAUUUUGUGUUGUUCUUCUAAAUUUUUAGUACAAUUCAUAAAAUUCACUUUUUUAUCGAUAAUAAUUUAUCGUUAGUAAAGCUUCUACAAGUUUUUAAGCAUGUUUUGUUAUUAAAAAUCCUAGCAGCGUUGGUUGCGUUACUUCUCAUUAUUCAAAUAAUGUAUUGAACGUUUCGUCUUUUAAUUUGGACAUCAAUUUCCUAGUAUGCAAAACUUUUUUAGUAGUUUGCUCAAUAUACUAUUUCCUAGUAAGCAAAAUACUAAAAUAGUAAAUUAUUAUCAAUUUUCUAGUUUGCUAGAGUUUUUUAAUAGUUUGCUCAAUAAACUAUUUCCUAGUAGGCAAAAUCAAAAUAAUGAUAAAUUUCCUAGUAACAUGCUAAAGUAUUUUAAGAGUUGGCUCAAUAAGCAAAAUCCUGAAAUAGAAAAUGAUAUAACUGCUGAAACAGCAGUUAAAGUAGUAAUCAUAGUUCUUGUAAUUAUUUGUUUGUCAAAGUUUAUAAAAUUCUUAUUGCGCCGGUUGAAGUGGAGAAGAAAUGGUCCGAACAUCAUCCACACUGCUAAUGAAUGUCACAAUGCAGUUUUGGAGUUGAGAAAGCACUGCUGUCUGAUAGAUCGAUAAUAAAGACUGGCGUGGCAGUUAACAGUGAUGCGAGCAGACUGUUGCGAGACUACGGCGUACGUUGCAAUGGAGUGCUGGACUUGAGGUACAUGGCCCAGGCUGUCGGAUCGGUGCCUGCGGGCCUCGGAAAGAUGUCCAAUCUCUAUUUGAAUAAAGAACUGGAUAAAGAUCGGAGCAUCGCGUGCAGCAACUGGGAAGCCGGCUGUCUCUCAGAGAGGCAAAUCCAAUAUGCCGCAGAUGACGCCUUAGUGUCCGUCCAGUUGUUCCAAUAUUUCAACAAUCUAAUGUUGAAACGAGAUUUAUCCUGGUACAAGCGAUUGUUCUGGAGCUACAAAAAAGUGUGGGCUCGGGUUGAAUGGUACUGGCGAUCCUACAUCGAUCUUCCGUUCCCUGGCGAUCCGUUCCCUCGCGAAAUUAAUAUUCGAAGAAUUCCCCAGCCAUUUUUUUUAUGAAUCAAUAAUCAAGAAAUUCAUUGGCCAUAAAACAACAUUAAAAAGUAAGCAAUAGGCUUUAUAAGUAAAAUAUCACAAAGGUAGACUAUACAAACGAUCAAAUUUACACAACAUACACAUUCAAAUAAUCCAGGUACUCAUUAACAGUAUAGAGCUUCAGACUUGAGCCAUUUAUCAACAGCAAUACAAAACGUUUUCAAUGGUAACUGCUUAACAUUUUAUCUGGUAGUAAAUUAAACAUGCCAAUUUGUAGGUACCUAUGACUUUUCAGAGUUUUAGUCAAUCUAACUGUAGACAUAGUACACAUAGUACACUGUACACUUUACACUAGACAUAGGGAUAACUACUGUAGACCUACAGUUAGAUUGACUAAGAUUAUUAGAUUGAUUGUUAGAGUUAUAUAUAUAUAUAUAAACAGGAUACACAUGACAUGGAUGGAUUAAAAACACUUAAAAACUCACAUAUAAACAAGAAUUUUCGGGGGCUGGGCCCCCUUUGUCAAUCAACCAGGAAGUCUUCCUGUGGGCUCGGUUUGAAUGGUACUGGCGAUCCUACAUCGAUCUUCUGUUCCCUGGCGAUCAAAUUCUAAGAAUUCCUCAGCCAUUCUUUUUUAUGAAUCGAUAAUCAAGAAAUUCAUUGGCCAUAAAACAACAUUACAAAAUGUAAGCAAUAGGCUUUAUCAAUAAUAAGACCACAGAUUACGCGGUGCAUACAGAUGGAGAGAAAAAGGGUACAGAUUCAGGGGACAUUAUGGGGUAUUUAGGGGGCUGUUACAAACGGAUAUUAAAGAAUCUUAAAUAUCUGUCUGCAUCGCGUAAUCUGUGAAAAAGGGUGCAGAUUCAGGGGACAUUAUGGGGUAUUUAGGAGGCGGUUACAAACGGGAUAUUUAAGAUUCUUAAUAAUUAAUGGUCUCUGCUGCUACAAUUGGCUCUCCGUGCGUACUCUGUGGUCACGACCGUUUGAUUUCAAACUGUUCCCACUCACUGCUCGGUUGAGGAAGGAAACUCAGUUUCCGAAAAUUUCCGUUUCUAAUGUAAGUUUUCAAGUGUUUUCAAUCUAUUUAUGUCUUGUGUCUCCUGUUUUAAUUUAUAUUAUAUAUAUACUUUUUCAUUUAUUGAUCCUCUUCAAACUUCAAAGAAUUUUAUUUUUUGUUCGCUGCUUCUUUAAAAUUUCUGCAUCUUCUAUCAAUUUUAUCUUGAUUUUAUUUUUAGCUUAUCUUCUAAUUAAUACUUGAGAUUUAAAACCUUAAUUUCCUUUUUAAUUUUUCCUACAACUCUCUUAAUAUAAACUCAACUCUAGCUUACGCACAGCCAAUAUGUUGCCUAGGUAAGCUUUACAGUAGCCUAACUUAUUAAUAAUUCAUAAACCUAGCAUAUUGUUUCAAGUUCUAUAUGUUGUUAAGUCAAAUUGAUUUCAGGGUUUGUUUUAUUUUCAUAUAAUUUAGUGAAAUUAAGUUUUAAAUUAAUACCUAAUGUAGGCCUCAAAUUUUUAAAUACAUAUUUUUGUUGUAUUUUUGGUUGAAAUAAAUUUGAUUUGGUGAGCAAAAUA